AGGCGCCUCGUGGAGGAAACGAAGAAGAGUUUUAAUAAAAGAUCUGCGAUAAUGCUUCACUCACAUUAACAUUUCUUUCUGGUUUCCAACAAGUCCGAAACGGACCCGCCUGUGGGAUUACUGGGUCGACAUGCUGUGGACGGAGCUGGAGUAGAAGCUGGUCUACAACUGGUCCAGUGCCUUCUGUGAAGCAGCUCAUGGCUGGUCCGAGGCGAUCCACGUCCUGGUUCCUUCGAGUCUUACAGCUAAGAAGAUGAACGGAGCGUCAGCUUCUUGCCUCGUCUGUUUCGGCUGAUGUCCUCAGGGUUGUUGUUUCGUUUUUGAUUAAACUUUGGGCCGGCCUUGGUCCCCGCGUGCCGGUUCUCGUCACGUGCAGAAGUUGACCCCUCUGAACUGCAGCCGCGGUGGGGGGCUCGCUUGUCAGUGCAGCAGGGAUGAGUGCUGUGGGAACUGGUCCAUCCAGUUGGAGCUGACGUCACAGAACCUUUACUGAGGAGGAGGUCCGCAGCAGUCUCACUCGCUUUGUGACGCCACCCAGGACCUGAGACCACUGUGCCAUGCCCACCAACCAGUUCUCCCCCUGGACUGGGGGAGAACUCGGGGCUUGUACCACUGCAGCCAGCCCCCCCGCUGCUGCUCCGGUCUCCGGUGUGCCCACCAAAAUGCCUUACAGCCUGACCUCUGACCCCAAGAACAGUUCUGGAAGGAACCGUCGGGGUGACUCAUCGAGCUGUUAUGAAGACCUGCUGAUCCAAGGACACGCCUCCGAACCGCUCGACACGGCUGACUGUUUCUCCUCACCGCCUCCUCUGUGCCUUCAUCUUUGUACCAAUCAGGGAGUGGUGCCGUUGAAGAAUUCCUCCAGCUACAACACAAAACUAGAAGGAAGCACACAAAGACAAAGCAAAGCAGCUCGAAGGAGCUUCUCUGCUAAAGUAAAACUCUGUGGGACACAAAACGUCCAGGACACACAAGUGACUGCAGACAAUGAGCUGCUUGUUGAAGGCGGCCCAGCAGCUGAAGCUACACACACCCAGCCCCAUGUUGGGGCGUCGCUCCACGGCACCAGGCAGAACUCAGAAAGUCCCUGUCCACUGGGGACGAGCAGAGCACCCUGUCCUUCUUUGUCCAGCUCCACGCCGGCUGGAAUGAGAACUGCUCAGCAUCUGCAGUCCACAAGGCUGGAUGUUGGAGAAGAUGUGGCCUCGUGUCCUGCAAGAGCUCUGGUUGGUUCUGUCACCUCUCAGAUCUCAACCAUCCACCUCACUAAACAGGGACCAUCCUCCUCUUCAUCUUCCUCCCUGUCCUCCUCCACCUCACUGACAGAGGAGCAUCUGGUUGGAGAGGCUCAGCAGUCAGGCUCUGAGUGUUUGAUGCAGGUGGAUGAAGUGGAGGAUGAGCAGCAGGAUGAGCAGCAGGAGGAGCAGGAGAACGCCGGCAGUGAUGAUGAUGAUUCAGACGCUUCGUCCACAGCAUCCGCCCCGCUCCUCUGCAGUGUUAAGGAACCGAUGAUCCUGGAGGCCCACGAUGAUCGAGAAGAGCGACCGGCGCUCAUUCCCAGUUUGUUCCCGCUCACUCCUCCGACGCUCUACUUCAGCACAGCCCAUGAGAAAGUGGAGCUGCUUCCUGCUGAAGAGGGACGGCUGCUGAAGUGGAAGAUGAGCUCCGUCACGCCCAACAUCGUCAAGCACGCCAUCGACCGCUCUCACUUCAAAGUCACCAAGAAAAGCCACGACUGGUUGGGCUGCUGGGGACACCACAUGAGGUCCCCUGGGUUCAAAGCGCUCGGAAAGCACCAGAAGUUGAACCAUUUCCCAGGAACGUUUCAGAUCGGCAGGAAGGACCGUCUGUGGAGGAAUCUGUCCAAGAUGCAGCUUCAGUUUGGCAAACAAGAGUUCAACUUUAUACCUCGAACCUUCAUCCUACCUCAGGACAUCAAGCUGCUGCGCAGAACCUGGGAGGACAGAGGCUCCAAGCAGAAGUGGAUCGUCAAACCUCCCGCCUCAGCCAGAGGGACGGGGAUCCAAGUGAUCCACAAGUGGAGCCAGAUGCCACGGAAAAGGCCUCUGCUGGUCCAAAAGUACCUUCACAAGCCUUACCUCAUCGGUGGGAACAAGUUUGACCUGAGGAUCUACGUCUACGUGACCUCAUACGACCCGCUCAGGGUCUACAUGUUCUCUGACGGACUGGUCCGCUUCGCCAGCUGCAAAUACUCGUCCUCCAUGAAGACUCUGAGUAACAAGUUCAUGCAUCUGACCAACUACAGCGUGAACAAGAAGAACUCCGAGUAUCAGACGAACAGCGACGACAAGGCCUGCCAAGGACACAAAUGGGCUUUGAAGGCGCUGUGGCAGCAUCUCGGGUCCAAAGGCAUCAACACGACCCAGAUAUGGGACAAGAUUAAAGACAUUGUGAUCAAAACUGUUAUAGCGUCUGAGCCGUACGUCAACAACCUGCUGAAGAUGCACGUCAAGACCUCCUACAGCUGCCACGAGCUCUUUGGCUUUGACAUCAUGCUAGAUGAGAACCUGAAGCCCUGGAUCCUGGAGGUCAACAUAUCACCCAGCCUCCAUUCUAACUCUGCGCUGGACGUCUCCAUCAAAGGUCAGAUGAUCAGAGAUCUGCUGAACCUGGCUGGCUUCAGGAUUCCCACCAGAGAGGAGACCUCCUUCUGCAGCAGCUCCUCCAGCUCCACCAGCAGUUUGUGUGGAGGCACCAGAGAGUGGACCGGAGCUGAAGUGUGCGUUGAUGAGCAGAGGAAGCGGUCCUUCUUCAUGUCUCAGCGUUUCACUGACCAGGACGUGCUGUCCUCGGUGUUGGACGUCCUGACUCCAGAGGACGUCCGCACGCUGGCAGAGACGGAGGACGAGCUGAGCCGUCGAGGAGAGUUCGAGCGCGUCUUCCCUUCGCCGUCGUCGUCGCGCUACCUCCGCUUCUUCCGGUGUCUGAGAUACAACAACAUCCUGCUGGAUCAGUGGGAGCAGAGGUUCUGGAAGGACCGCUCCGCAGCUAUCCACAUUUUGAGGAGCCACUGUGAAAAAGGCGUCCAUCUUGGAACCAAUGACCCGGCCCACAAGUGGUCCGAGAGCAGCAGCGCCAGGUCUGGACCUCAGGGACCGGCAGAGACGAGCCCCUCCAGAUCCAGGGUUCUGGUCCACCUCCAGCUCCACUCAGAGGACAUCAGUUCUGACGCUGCCUCUGUUCCGGGUCCUGGAACCAGUGGGACCAGCAGUGGGACCAGCAGCACCUGUGGAAGCCCCUAGAACUUCACGUUGCUCUGACGGUGUCCAGGACCAGAACCAGGCGCAGGAUCCGGUUUGCUUCAGAGAGGGCUGCUGUAUUGGGUCAGACUGACCCAUAAAUAAGUUCUGAAGUCCACCAGUUCUGUUUCCUGUUUGCUCUGUCGUGCUCACCAGAACCCAGAGAGCUCGUUCUACCGUCGGGCACUGGAGCGGGUCUGCUCAUCCAGAACUUUUUGCACCAGUCUGUGUUCUUUGAUGUGAUUCUUGCUGGAGGAGAGCGAUCGGUACCGACCCGGGUUGACGUGAGUCCAGGUGGUGCCGUGCUGAUGUUUCCAGAUGUGUUGAAGGUUCUUCUUGUUCCAGCAGAACCAGGUUCUGAGUAAGAGCAGUCUGAGCAUUUCUGGUUCCGGAUGGUUCUGAGGAGGAAGUCUACAGAUCACACCUGGCGUUCGGUUCUGCUGACCGGGUCAGGCCUUUACUGGGUCUAUACUGUUCAGAUUCUAAAAGCCCGGCAGCAGGUUCUGACCGGGCUCAGAUCAGUUGAUGUUCUGGUCCACAGAAUGUCACUGUGGUUCUGGACUUGUUGGGUUCUGGACCCGCUCAGAAUAUUUGGACCAGUCUGGUUCUGGAGCACCAAAGCUACACUCUGACCCGACCCGGUCCAUUAGGGUUCUGUCCUCUCAGCCGUCUUCACUCCAGAAGUGUUGGUUCCGGUCCAACACUUCUGGAUGAACUGGGUCGGGUCAGAUCUGUGAAGCUGCUCAGACAGGCUCAGAACCUGGUUCAGAACCUGGUUCAGAACCUGGUUCAGAACCUGGUUCAGAACAGAACAAAUUAAAAAAGAUACAUUUUGUGUCAAAAUAAAAAUAAAUUUUCUUCAAACACUCUGCAGAGUCCAGCUCUGGUUCUGACCCGCUCUCAGCUGCAGGUUCUGUUAACCAAACCCAGUUAGUCCAGCAGGAGAAGAACGCUUGUUUUAACAGGAUGUUUUUAUUCUGGGUGAUAUUUUACUAACACGCUUCACUCCAGAAAUAAACCUGCUUUGUGCUGCA